AUGGCACGAUUAUUGAUUCUAUUUGUAAUUAUUUAUUUGAUACUACCACAGUUUAAAUGUAUCAUUUCACCUCCAAAUGAGAUUCUCAAAAUUUCUGCGGAGAUUUUCAAUAGCUGGAGAGAUGUCAAAAAAGAGUUCUCGGAUUCUAUGAAGCAUCCAAUGGGACUUCCACAUUUCAAUUGUUCUUAUUCAAUCCAAGAGCCAGCUACAUCAGUUCAUCAACUUCAUCCUUCACAAAUUGACGUCGUUGCUGCUCUCGGAGACUCAGUUUCAGUUGCACAGGCUGCAAAAUCAUCCUCUAUUUUUGAUAUUUUCGAAGAGUAUCCAGGAAUUUCUUUUGUAACUGGAGAUGAUGUAACUCUGAAUGAACAAGCAACACUGAUCAAUAUGUUCCGUCAAUUUUCACCAAGAGUCAAAGGAGGAUCUUCUGAUAGAAUUAGAAAAUUCUACGAUUUCAACUUGGCGGUCCCAGGUUCUUUCAGUCAUGAGCUACCAGAGCAAGCUAAGGAACUCGUUAAAACUUUGAAGAGAAAGUUGGGAUCACGUAGCGAAGACAGUUGGAAGUUCGUGAACAUUUUCAUCGGCCACAAUGAUUUAUGCAAUGUUUGUAAGAAUGAGACUCUUUACGGACCGGAAACCUUUGGAAAAUCUAUCAGAUCAGCACUGACUAUUAUCCAUUCAAGUAUUCCUAAUGUAUUUGUCAAUAUAAUGCCUCCAAUUAAUGUCCAAAUUCAUUCUCAAGCUCACGAAGUCAGUCCGUUCUGCGAAUUGUCUCACAAACAAACGUGUUCUUGUAUUUUCGAAUUAGAUAAAAAAGAAUAUCGGAAAAUCAAAGAGAAAUUCAAUGAUCAGUUGAAGGAGAUAGUGAAAGAAUUUAAUGAAAACUCUGCUACUUCGAAUAGUUUUACUGUCGUCAUUUCUCCAGGAAUGGACUUGAAAUCUAUUCCACUUCUUGGAGGUCAACCGAAUGUUGCAUUGUUGGCCUUGGACUGUUUUCAUUUGUCACCAAUUGCUCACGAUAUUGCUGCGAAACAAAUAUGGAAAGGACUUUUUGAACCAGUUCAGAAGAAAACAGUUACAAGUGAAUUAUCAGUUGGAAUGGAUAGAUUCGUGUGUCCUCCAAUGGAAUGCCCAUAUCUGAGAACUGAUCAGAAUUCAGAAGGCUGUGAACCUCCGAAAAAUUUCAGAAUUCUCCCGAUUAUUCCAGGAAACACUUCAGUUGGAUUGAGUAUGCCUCCUUUCAUAAUUCUUGGUUUCUUCCUUUUCGGCACUGCUCUUAUCCUUCUGUUCGUACGUGCUUCAAUCCGCCGCCCGUUUUCCGAGUUCUCCGAUGAACGACACUAUUUACUUCUUCCGAUGCGUCGUGCCGACCUCAACGACAACAUUUUCUGA